CAAAACAUUGGAGAAAACUAUUAAUAUGCAAAUCACCAUGCAAUCACUAUUCAUACCAACUUUUCUCCAAAUUUUAUUCUUUUCCUUUUAUAACUCGAAGCUGAAUAUCUUAGGAAGUACAUUAACGAACCACGCUCUCCUUCGUCUCCGUUUCCCGUUAGAAUCCAGCUCCAAACAUGUCUCCAACAAAGACCCACGUCCUCGCAUACCCCUUCCCAUCUUCUGGUCACUUAAUACCCCUCUUAGACCUGUGCAAGGCCUUAGUCUCUCGUGGCAUAAACGUCACCGUUUUGGUUACUCCGCCGAACCAACCCUUAGUCCCAUCCAAUUACUCCCCACUUCUCCAAACACUCGUCCUCCCGAACCUUCAAUUCCCAAAUCCGAACCAAAACAGGCUCGUAGCAAUGGUCACCUCCAUGCGCCAAAACCACUACCCGAUCCUCCUCGACUGGGCCAUGACUCAUCCUUUACCCCCCAAAGCCAUCAUCUCAGACUUCUUCCUCGGCUGGACCCACUACCUCGCCCGUGACCUCCAUGUGCCACGCCUUGUGUUCUCUCCUUCUGGCGCCUUCGCACUUUCCGUCUCUUUCUCCCUUUGGCGCGAUCUUCCCCAAAUCGAAAACAACGACGUCGUUUCGUUCCCGAAACUGCCGAAUUCCCCAAUUUACCCCUCGUGGCAGCUCACAUACCAUUUCAGGGAGAGCAAGAGAGGAGAAUUUGAAUGGGAAUUUCACAGGGAAAACAUGCUCCUGAAUCUAGAAACAUGGGGCAUCGUUUUCAACACUUUCACCGAAUUGGAGCGCAUUUACCUCGACCAUGUGAAGAAGGAGCUAGACCAUGAGAGGGUCUGGGCCGUAGGUCCAGUUCUUCCUAAUCCGGAAGACGGUUCGAUCGGAUCGGAAUGCCGCGGGUAUGUCUGCUUCGGGAGCCGUACGGUUCUUACGAGUGAGCAGAUGGAGGUGCUGACGCAAGCAUUGGAACUCAGCGGCGUCCGUUUCAUAUUGUCCGUGAAGGAUCUUGACACGCGACACGUGGAACGGGACCACCGUAACGUUCUAAGUGGACUCGCGAAUCGGGUGGGGAAGAGUGGGUUCAUCAUCCAGGGAUGGGCCCCGCAGAUGGUAAUACUGAGUCACCGUGCCGUGGGCUCGUUCUUGAGUCACUGCGGGUGGAACUCGACGCUGGAAGGAGUGAUCUCCGGUGUUGUGAUGCUGACUUGGCCGAUGGGUGCGGACCAGUACACUAAUGCGAAACUGUUGGUGGACCAGUUGGGCGUGGCGGUUCGAGCGGCGGAGGGGACGGAGAAUGUUCCGGAACCGAGCGAGCUGGCGAGGAAGAUAAAGUGGUCGUUGGAGAGAACUACGAAGGAGAGGGUAAGGGCUGAGGAGCUGAGAGGUAAGGCUUUGGGUGCGAUCAAUAAGGAUGGGAGCUCUCAGGAACAGUUGGAUAAGCUGGUGGAAAAGCUAAGUGAGAUCAGGGUUGUUCAAGCGUGAUGGGUAGAAAUUAGAAAAAUUAUAUAUAUAUAUAUAUAUAUUGGUGAACAAAUUUACUACAUUAUGUUUGUUAAAUUUCACUUUUUGAUAAUAUAAAAGUCUAAUGUAAGAAGUCAUCCUAAAAUUGGAUUAGAGGUUGAUUAUGUAAGCAAAUCGAAUAUAAAUCCUACUGUAUUGCUAACGAUUACUUUUCUCCUAUAUAAAAAAAAAUAGUAUAGAGAGUCAAUAUAUAUAAUUACAAUGUGUACAAAUUUAAGAAUAUAAUAAUAAAUAGUGGAAUAAAUUGUUAAUGACUUAAAUGUAAUCAUUGCACGUACAAUGUUUUUUUUU